GCUCCCCGCCCCUGACCCCGUCGCCCGGCCCGGCCCCGGCGCCAUGAAGCUGACGGACAUCGUGCUGCGGAGCUUCCGCGUGGCCAAGGUGUUCCGGGAGAACUCGGACAAGAUCAACUGCUUCGACUUCAGCCCCAAUGGCGAGACCGUCAUCUCGAGCAGCGACGACGACUCCAUCGUCCUGUACGACUGUCAGGAGGGCAAACCAAAGAGAACACUGUACAGUAAGAAGUAUGGAGUGGACCUAAUCAGAUACACACAUGCAGCAAACACUGUAGUGUAUAGUUCUAACAAAAUAGAUGAUACAAUCCGCUACCUGUCCUUGCAUGAUAACAAAUAUAUCCGGUACUUCCCCGGACACAACAAGAGGGUGGUGGCCUUGUCCAUGUCACCUAUAGAUGACACUUUUAUCUCUGGGUCCCUGGAUAAAACCAUCCGACUUUGGGAUCUUCGAUCUCCUAACUGCCAGGGCCUAAUGCAUCUCCAAGGAAAACCUGUUUGUUCUUUUGACCCAGAAGGGUUAAUUUUUGCUGCUGGCGUCAAUUCUGAAAUGGUUAAACUUUAUGAUCUUCGUUCCUUUGAUAAGGGGCCAUUUGCUACUUUCAAAAUGCAAUAUGAUAGGAACUGUGAGUGGACAGGCUUAAAGUUCAGCAAUGAUGGCAAACUCAUCCUUAUAUCUACCAAUGGCAGUUUCAUUCGCCUGAUUGAUGCGUUUAAGGGAGCAGUAAUGCAUACGUUUGGGGGGUAUAACAACAGCAAAGCUGUCACAUUAGAAGCCUCCUUCACUCCAGAUUCUCAGUUUAUUAUGAUCGGCUCUGAUGAUGGUAAGAUUCAUGUCUGGAAUGGAGAAAGUGGCAUAAAGGUGGCUGUGUUAGAUGGAAAACAUACUGGUCCCAUAACCUGUUUGCAAUUCAAUCCCAAGUUCAUGACCUUUGCCAGUGCAUGUUCUAACAUGGCAUUCUGGCUGCCUACCAUUGAUGACUGAUCAUUUGUCAGCAGCGUCUGCACAUUGAAGGGCAGCCAAUAAGAGGAGGAAAGGGACUGUGUAUUGGGAUUAUGUUGUUCUUCUGACCUGAAGCAUUCUUCUACCUAGCCCUUCUCAUGGACAUCUCAGUACAUCCUUUUAAAAAAACAAAACAAAACAAAACACAAACUCCUUUGCUGCAUUCCUUCAAAAGGACUCUCGGUGCUGCAGACCUGAAGUUGGAUUCAGAUUUCCUAGUUGUGGCCUGUAUCAAGCUCCUCCUGAGGGGUGAGCUGUGUCAGGCUCAUCGGCAUCAGUGCGGACCCUUGGCAUAGCCUCCUCUUUUGAAUGUAUAGGGAGCCUAUAAAAUCUUGACUCCACAUAUCUUCUUUCCUGCACCCUGUCCCCAUAAAUGCAUGGAAAUCUAGUUCUGGUUUUGAGGUACUAGUGCAGUUUCCCCUUUUCCCUCUGCAUGUGUCAUGAUUGAAUUUUCCCAGUAUUGUUGUGGCUUUAUUCCAUAGCCAUCAUGUUUCUUCUGUGCCAAAAGUUUAAAAAUAAUCAGUUCAUAAGUCCUAGGUACAGAGGGAAGGACAGAGCUAUGUAAGGUCUUGGUUUGCAGGGAACUCAAGGAACUCUGCAGACUGUUAGGGUGAGGGUGCUAGGUAUGGACUUAGUUGUGUGGCUAACUCAAACCUGGUUCAGUCUGCUUCUAACUGAUGUGGGGAACAUAGAGAGGCCAGGGGGACGUGAAGAGGUAACGAAUCAAGUGCCUCCAGCAGUCAGGGAGGCUUACCUCCUUAGCAGACAGGGGCCCAGCCCUGUGUAAGCAAAUGGCAGCUGAGCUGGGAUACAGCCGGGUUGUCUCUGUCCAAUGAUCUUUUGUGUGUACAUAUUUAUGGGGGGUGGGAGGGGUGGGAGCCUAUUUUUUUACUUUAGAAAUCAAUAACUAUUUCAUGUGGGCCAGUAUUGUGGAAUGAGUCCAAAUGGUUUACACUGAUGCUUUCUUUCCUCUAUCCUCCUCCCCACCCCCCAAAAAAAAUCCUGUAAAUAACCUGCAAAUAGUCCUACCCCCUUCUCCAGCCUCCCAAACCAACAAAGCUGAUUCUGGGCUUGUAUUUUUGUUAGUGUCUAGCCUUUUUAUAUGACUUUUCUUAUUUUACAUUUCAGCUCUGUGUGUGCACCUUCAUUUUAAAACAAAAACCUACACAUUGUAACAUCAGGCUUUAGUACAAUAGUCUUGUUCUCUCACCUGGUUCUUGGUGUUGUCAGUUCUUUAGCUGGGCCACAGGAGAAAUGCUUUCAUCUUUGAGAUGAGGAACAGCCUGCUUUUCUGCCUGAGAGUGUUGCCACAAGUGUUAGAAAGUGUUCCCUCUUUUCCUUUUUCCAUUUCUUGGAGAACAAGCACAGUUACUGCCUAGCCUGGAGACCAUUGAUUGGCUCCCUCAGGUGAUCACUGGCAAGCUCAUAAGAGCAACUACUCUGUAUUUUCCAUGUCUUUAUGGUGGAAACCUCUACAGUAUUAGUCCCUGUUGUACUUUAGCCCGUUCUGUCUUUGCGCAUGUGGUGUGAACAAAAGUCACUCUGCAUGAUAAUGUCUCAGAAAUUGUGAUUCCCAAACCAGUGGUUUCAGUUUGUAAAUAGCCUCUGUGCUAAUUAUAUUGUGCACACUUAUGCUUGUAUCUGUGUUCUUUGCAUUCCUUUAGGGGUAAAUAAGAAGAGAAAGUUAUGUU